AACUAAUUACAUGAGCUGAAUUCGGAAAAAUUCAUAUGUGUGUUCAGUAUCAUCUACACUAAACUUUGGAAAGUAUUGAUAUUUUUUAACAUUUCCGUCUUAUAAAUAAAUAAUAGAAUUUGGCCCCCAAACAGAGAACUAUUUGUUAUGAAACAGAUUUUAGAGUGGAUUUUUGUCUCUCUAAUUCUAAUUCUCUUCCAAUUAUUUGAUGCCUCAAAAAGGUUAGGUGGUGUUUCUGGUGAAUUCCUGUGUAGUUCGGUAGCUCAGUUGGUAAGACUACCCGGCGCGAUACUGGCAGACCCGGGUUCGACCCCCCGUUGGCUUAAAGCGGAAUUUUUAGGGGAGCAUGUCCUCCUCUCUGUCUUUUCGCAGACAGAAUUGAUCUUUUUAUUAGAUGAAUUAGGUUUCAUUUGUUCAACUAACUUUAAUUAAAUUAUAAUUUAUACGAAGACAUUCGUUGUUUCCUGAGAAUCCUCUUUGUCCACAAAAAAUAUAAGUGUUUGGGAUUAUCCACGAGGUUCUGAGUGAGGUCGCUCCGUGGGUUAAGCACUUUCCUGACUGGAUGUGACUCGAUCGGUAAUAUCACUCUCCUUAUUUACUGGCUGACGGGAAGACGGAGUAGCCCAUAGUCUGGUGCCAUCUACCACCACUUCUUACCCAUCCCCCACUUCCUUACCGACAACCCAUGAUCACUAUGAACGUAGCGUUCAUUGGAAUUUUCAGUCAUCACUUGAAUUGUAAACUUUAGAUAUUAAACCAAAAUUACAGUGCAAAUAAAUCCAUCAAAAUUAUUAGGAUGACGGGUUCACGCCCAUGUCCUCAAUUAUCCAAUUCCCCUCUGUACCUACUCUCAUUAUGAAUAAUAAACAUGUUUGUCUCAGUAAAAAUAUCUCUCAAAAUAUAGCACACUCAUGACCUCUCCAAUCAUCAAUGAAUUUCGUUAAUUCUGGCCUUUGAAAAUUCAUUAAAAAAUCAAUCAUGUCGUGCUGCGAAAGUUCUGUUGCUGGUGAACGGCUUCCAGGCACCGGAUGCUGCGGAUCAAGUUGCAUUGGAGGAAGAGCCGGAUGUCUAGCAUCUGAGCCGAGGAUACGCUCUUGUAUGUGUCAAGAGAACGUGGGCUGUUUGGACAGGGCAGAUUGUGGGGGAUUUCGACCGAGAGGUACAGCUGCCACGGGAGCAUGCCCUGGACCGUGUCAGUGCUCUGAGGAAGAGGCAUGGAAUAGUAAUUCACCGCCUAAACCAAAUUGCGAGUGGCUAACGAAUUUCGGUGAGCUCAGGAGACGGUGGAGCAAUCACGCGAAGGAAAAUACUUGCAAUUGUUGCAAUUGUGCUCCAACAAGACGACCAACUCCUUGCAUGCCCUGUCAAUCUCCCAUAAAACCCUGUCAAUCAUCCUCGAAGACAUGCACCUUCGACGAAAGAUUAUCCGGCGGUGGCUGUGGCGGUGGCUCCUGUGACAGCGACCAGCGAAGUUGCCCAGGCACUUCCACAGGAAACUGUUGUCAGCCAUGUCCACCAAAAUCAAUUUUAAAAACCCGAAACUGUUGCCAAUCAACCGGCAACUACUGCAUGUGCCAACCAAUGCCCAGAAACUGUCACUGCCCACCACCACCACAGGUCGACGCCCGGGCAGAUCGUGAAUGUUCUUGCGAAUGUCCUUCAUCGCCCGAAUGUGCGUGUCCUCCGAGUGAACGAAAAUUCCCGAAGACCAAAGUUCGCUGUCCAAACGCAAGAUUAUGCUGUCCAACACCUAGACUACAGCCCGGCCCCAAGUGCAAUUGCUCCAAAUGUCAGCCAUGUCUUCCGCCGCCAUGUGAUCCCUGCACUUCGACAAAAUGUCGGCCGGCAGCUGUCAAGGUCGCGCCAUGUCCGGCGGAGCCAUCUUGUUCACCCUGUGCUCCAACUCCAGGGUGUUGUCCAAGGCCAUUAUCUCCACCGUGUGCCUCCAGUAGACCUCAGCCAGUGAACCGGAUAAGCUGCAUGCCACCCUGCAGGCGACCAGGUCAGUCUGCCAUUGCCAUUGAUUCCAAAGUUUAUUGUCAUAGUUGUGAAUUUUUUGAUUACGAUGUCAUUGGAAUGGAAGUAGAGGGGGCAGGUAAUAGUCGAGAAGGGGGGAUUAAAAGUCAGUCCAAGUGCGAUGAUGAUGAUCGCGGGUGUGCCGAUGACUGUCAAUUUUCUUGUUCUUUAAAUUGUGUCAAAGAGUCAGCGGAAAUUAUGGAACAUGAGAGGUUAAGGGUGAGGAGUCAUCAACAGCUCAGGAGGAAACGGAGUCAAUUCGAAUGCGACGAUGAUGCUCGUGGAUGUUCCGAUGAUUUCCGGUUUUGUUGUGCUGUCAAUUGUCCUGAAGACGUGCCAAAAAUAAUUGACAAGGAAACGUCUCGAGGUCGGAAUCAGCGUAAAUAUAACAUUAGUGCUCAUCUGGGAGAAAAACGAAAGGGGAAAAAAGGUCAAUGUCAGUGCGGUGAUGAUGAAAACGGGCGUUCUGAUGACUGUCAAAUUUGUGAUUCUGCCAAUUGUGGUGAGAAGUCUUCAGGAUGGAUUGGCGAUGGUACGACUAGGGUUCCGAGUCAGCGCAAUCAGAGUUUUGAUGGUCGUGAAGGACAACAACUUGAUAGAAAGAAGAGUCAACGCGGUGAUGAUGGUGAUGGAUACUCUAAUGACUGUCAAUCUUGUUGUUUUGUCAAUUGUCCUGACGACUUGCCAAAAAUAAUUGACAAGGAAACGCCUCGAGGUCGGAAUCAGCGCAGAUAUAACAUCAAUGCUCGUCUGGGAGAAAAACGAAAGGGGAAAAAAGGUCAAUGUCAGUGCGGUGAUGAUGAAAACGGGCGUUCUGAUGACUGUCAAAUCUGUGAUUCUGCCAAUUGUGGUGAGAAGUCUUCAGGACGGAUUGGCGAUGGUACGACUAGGGUUCUCAGUCAGCGCAAUCAGAGUUUUGAUGAUCGUGAAGGACAACAACUUGAUAGAAAGAAGAGUCAACGCGGUGAUGAUGGUGAUGGAUACUCUAAUGACUGUCAAUCUUGUUGUUUUGUCAAUUGUCCUGAAGACGUGCCAAAAAUAAUUAACAAGGAAACGCCUCGAGGUCGGAAUCAGCGUAAAUAUAACAUCAAUGCUCGUCUGGGAGAAAAACGAAAGGGGAAAAAGGGCCACUGUCAGUGCGGUGAUGAUGAAAACGGGCGUUCUGAUGACUGUCAAAUUUGUGAUUCUGCCAAUUGUGGUGAGAAGUCUUCAGGACGGAUUGGCGAUGGUACGACUAGGGUUCCGAGUCAGCGCAAUCAGAGUUUUGAUGGUCGUGAAGGACAACAACUUGACAGAAAGAAGAGUCAACGCGGUGAUGAUGGUCAUGGAUACUCUAAUGACUGCCAAUCUUGUUGUUCUGUCAAUUGUCCGAAAGGCUCACUCCAACAGAAUGAUAAUAAGACGAAUAAGACUCCGAAUCAGUGCAACUACAAUUUUGAAGGUCGUGAAGGACAACUGAAGGAACAUCAGAGCACAUGUCAACGCAGUGUUGGCAGACGUGAAUGUUCUAACGGCUGUCAAUCUUGGUGCUCGGUUAGCUGCCCUGAAGGGUCGUCAGGAAGUAAAAAUGAGGCACGUCAUUCGUGUGAAAAUAACUGUCAGGACUGUUGUGCCAUUGAAUCUUGUAGUGAACUACAUAAUGACACGAGAAAGAGAAUUUACCCCGGCUCAGACGUUGAAACAACCAGGAGACAUUCAAAGGAGAUGGGAAUAAUGGAAAAGCGAAAUGUUGAUGAACUCAUUGAGAGCAACUCCAACACUCAACACUUACAGGACUCAUCACAAUUAAGAGAUUUGCGUGUGGUAAGGUGUUGCUGUGCUCCAGCAACUCCAAAGAGAUCGACUCGGCUGGUGCAGUCACUCAUGCGAGCAAAAUCAUCAAAGGCUGGCGUUCAUCAUCAAGACAGUAAUUACAACGGUUGA